AGUCUCGGGGAAUGUCAGGGAUAACAUCGCAGAGAUUAUUCUGGCAAUCAUCCACACCCAUACUUGUACCCAUAGACCAGUUGGAUUCUUCCGAUGCUCCAUAACACACUGGGUACCACCUUUUCCAUGCUCUCUCCACCCGGACAAGAAAAUUCCCCCGAACUGAUUCAUCACAGCAUUGCUGACCGAAACCGAACAGGAAUAUGUCAAGCAAGACUCGCUGGUUACGGAGUUCUACUACUCCAAAACAUCAUAGAAUAACCUCAAUUAACCGUCCGAUCAGCACACCAGCGAUCCUUGUCUCUACCACAGGGGGCAACGUCAGCCAUUGCCAAUCUCCCAGCCGUGUGUGCUUGGCGGAUGGACCAGUUAAACACUUGGACACUUUCCGGUCUUUGGGAUUGGGUGACAAUCUCGACUCGUGGUUGGCACUGGCGUUGGAGGAUAAUCCGUCUGUGUGUUCAUCCCGGCGAUUGCCAUGUGAAUUUUCUACUUGUACUAGUAGACUAGUAGAAACGCUCUGUCUAGCGCAGAUGCGGCCUGAUAAUGGGUGCGAUUUUCGGCCGAAUAAUAACUGUUACUCCUUGGCUAAACUUUAUGCCGUAGUGGCUUCUUGGCUUCUCUCCGGCCUACUCUGUACGGCUGUGGCAGUUGGGACUGUCGGGGCCUGUCGAUAGGGGCGGUACGGCUCGAGCAUCCAAGGUACUCCAUUAUUGUCGUUCAUUAUUCUAUCGUACACUCUUAUCAUGACAGACCCUGAUCAUCAUAACGUCCACUGGUCGAAAAAUCCCAUGAUUAGCGGCGUCGCGUCCACAUACGUCCCAUCCGGAUUAUCACUGUUCGGCUCCGUGCUCGGCCACGCAUGUCCUAACCCCUCAAUCCGAUAAUGCACCACCUCCCCAUGGUCCCCGAACCUCGAAGU